AUGAAGUCUUUCGCCAUUCUUUCGACGCUCGUCGCGUCCGUUCUCGCUGCUACGGUUCCCAACACCGUCAGCUAUGAUGGAUACAAGGUCGUCCGUAUCCCAACCGAAGAGGACAACCAUGCCCAAGUGGUCAAGGUCAUUGAGAACCUAAAGCUGGACACGUGGAAGUUCCCAAAGAGGGCUGGCUCCGAUGCGGACAUUGUCAUUCCCCCAGAGCAGCUGGAAGCUUUCAACAAGGCCAUUGCCGGCCUAAAGGUUGAGAUCAUGCACGAGGAUCUCGGCGCUUCCAUCGAGGACGAGUCAUCCACGAUUACCGCAUACACAGCUGGAUCUGUGGCUGCCGAUGACCGCUGGUUCACUGCGUACCACAGUUUCAAUGACCACAUGGCUUGGCUCAGAGAUCUCCAGCAGCAGAAUGCGAACAGAUCCGCGCUAGUCAAUGUUGGAAACAGUCAUGAGCGGCGCCCAGUUACAGGUAUCCAUAUUUGGGGGAGCCGAAGGGGAAAGCCCGCCAUUGUUUGGCACGGAACAGUUCAUGCCCGUGAAUGGAUUACAACCAUGGUUACCGAAUAUAUGGCUGCUCAACUCUUGACCGACCCAGCGGCUCGUUCUAUGCUUGAAAAAUACGACUUCUUUAUUUUCCCUAUUGUCAAUCCUGAUGGCUUCGUCUAUACCCAAACCCGUAACCGCAUGUGGCGUAAGAACCGCACACCCAACGGCGGGUCUAGCGUCGGUACCGAUAUCAACCGCAACUGGCCCUUCCAGUGGAGCGGUAGUGGCUCAUCCACAAACCCAUCCUCAGAAACCUAUAGAGCAUACGGAUACAGCUGCACUGCUCGCCCAGAUAACCACAACCGACUGAUCUCUCUUGCAAACACCUUUGCCCAAGCUCUCCGCGCCGUGCACGGCACCUCCUUCAGAACCGGCCCGAUUUGCAACACCAUCUACCAGGCCAACGGAAACAGUAUCGACUGGGCCGUUGAAGUCGGCAAUGUUGAAACUGCCUUUGCUGCUGAGCUCCGUGAUACUGGCCGAUUCGGUUUCAUCCUUCCACCGAACCAGAUUAUCCCAAGCGGUCAAGAGACCUGGGCUGGCGUUAAGGCUAUGUUUGCUCAACUCUAA